AUGCUCGCGCGCCAAAGUCGCAAUCUUUCAGAGAAACAACUGUCUUUGGAGCAUUUUAUGAGGAGCAUUAGCUUGACAGAGCGAAGUAGUCGCAAGAGAGAGCAGAUUUUAAGACGUUUAAGCAAUUGCAACGAAGCUCUUGGAGGUCUCAGCCGUGCUGCCGCACCCUUUGAAUACAGCUCAAGCGAAGUAUCGAACACGCCGUCAAGUAAAAUCCAAAGAUCCUAUUCACAGAGACGAAGAACCAUUGCGGACAGUGUCCAUAAUCUUCUCACCACUCAUUGGCUAGAUGGCGAAAGUAUGGCAGAAAGGGAUGCUCGCCUGCUACUGAAAUCGUAUAACAAGCCAAUUGCUGGUCUUGAAGAACAUUUCGAUGUUUGGUUCAUGGUAUCUUCGGACCCCGAAGCUGAAACGAGGUGGCAAGAGAGUGGCAUUUGGGUGAUUCACAAGGAUGAGUAUGUUCCAUUGAGGGCAUCAGUUCAGUCAAGCACAGUAACUGAAAUGGAACUUACAACUUUGUCGGCUGGAACCUCCAAUGGUGCUUUGGCACACUCAAUAAACACUAAGUCAAUCAGAUUCGAUAUCAUACACCGAAAUGGGCUUGUGGACAGUCUCUCCCGCACCGGACUUUGGGAAAUUAAAGAGCAAGGAUUGGGCAAUUUGAUCUGGGAAGGAGCGAAACAUGCCCCAAGACACUUGGAUAUUAUUGUGCAAGAAGAGAAGUUAUACUGGACGUCAGACUUGCCGCGGAAUAAUUCAGGGCUUCAGCACUUCAUAUCGCUACAACAGAUUCUCAAAGACGGUCUGCUCAAACAAGAAAUGGAGAAGAGACUUUUGAAACGAUGCACUUUGGCUUACUCAUUGGCAAGCUCCUUCCUCCAACUUUGUGACGGCCGAUGGUCACCCUGCGCCUGGACUUGCGACAUGAUAUCCUUCUUCUAUUCUGGCGAUUCCACCUUGGACAUCAGCCGGCCGUAUCUCUCAACCAGAUUUGAAGAGUCUGGAAGUCCAUCCAUUGUUCCACAAGAAUCUAGCGAAUUUAGAUAUCGACUGCAUCCUUACCCACACAUUCUUGCGCUGGGGUUGAUGCUUCUCCAGAUCUAUCUUGCAUCUCCCAUAGAGAACUUCAGAAUACCUGGCCACCCGAACAACGACAAAAACGCGGUUUACAAUAUCGACAGGGACCUUGGAACCGCCCUAGUAAUGUUGGAGAAGUGUGAGGGUAAUAGUAUGAAAGAGUAUAACAACGCCAUCAAAGCAUGCCUGGCCCCACAGCUCCCGAUUGAUAGCUCGCUGAACGAAGAAGAGUUUCGACAGAAAGUUUACACUGAUAUUGUAUCUCCACUGGCACUUACUCUUCGUGAUGGGUAUGGAAAUAACGUUGAGAACGACGACUGGGUGUCUCGAGUCUUCUCCGAUGAUCCACAUCUGCAGGUCCCAGCAGUUGGUAAUACAAAGCUAAGCUCCGUGACAGAGAAACAUGUCAACGGCUCUUCUCCACAGCCGGAAUCUUCAUCUUCGAAUAAUGGGAACAAUAAUAAAAUAAAUGCAGACCAAUGGCUCCUGGAGCUUGCCAAAUCUAUUCAUCCUCUUCUGAACAGGACGUCUCUAGAGAAAAUGUCUCCUCCUUUCAACAAAAUCAUCAACAGACGCGGGAACAUCAAAAUAGCGAUACUUGAUACCGGCAUCGACCUACCAAUUUCGGCUCUUGAAACCAAUGAAGAUCGGCUAAUGGGUUGGAAAGAUUGGGUCAAUGGAGGGGCUGAAGAGACUGCCUAUAUUGAUCAGGAUGGGCACGGCACACAUUGCGCAGGAUUGAUAUUGAAGGUCGCUCCUACAAUGGACCUCUAUGUUGCACGAGUAUUCGAGAAGGAGGACGACAGGGAGACUAUCACGCCUUCAGACUUAUUGAAUAGAAGAAUUGCCAAAGCGAUCCGCCAUGCUGUCGAUGAAUGGCAAGUGGACAUAAUCAGCAUGUCAUUUGGGUUUGAAAAUGAUAUCGACAUCAUUGAAUCCGCAGUUGACCAUGCCAACACCAAGAAUACUAUUAUUCUUGCAGCAGCAGGCAAUAGAGGAGGGCUUUCCCACCCGGCGUGGCCAGCUAGGUCCAAAAAAGCAAUCGGUAUUCACGCUUCGGAUGGGUUUGGGAACAAAGGACCCUUCACAGCCAAUCCUACUGAUGGUUCAGCCAACUUCAGCCUCCCAGGUGUGGAUGUGCUCUCCUUCUGGCCCAAGCAUUUGGGUCCUGAUAUACGAGUAAGGAGAUCUGGAACGUCCUGCGCAACAGCAAUAGCUGCUGGACUCGCUGGAGCUGUACUCGACCUGGUUGGACUACAUCUCUCUAGAAAAGAGAGCAUCGAACAUGAAUUUGAAACCCGUUGGCCAAAAUUGCAAUCUUCAGAUGGUAUGCGGGUAGCUUUUCGUCUGAUGGCAGGAGGUCGUGAUGGCAUACUCCGUGCAAUGUCAUACAAGGGUUUGGACAUCCAGAACUUUGCUUUUUUUGCAGCUGAAAACAUUCCAUCGUUCCACCAUGAUGACUGGCUACUGAGCCGUCCUCAUCUGUUAGAUCGUGCAGCUCACAAAAAGACCUAUUUUCUUUCCCCCAACUGGGACAUUCUUCCUGACACCUCUGUGCGCCUCGGCAGUAUCAUCGCACACUCGACCAAGCCAACUCGCCCUCUCAACGGAGGUUCGCAACUACCUCCUUCACCAGCCCCUACUACAGCGACUGUACAGGACUGGCAUCUUGAACGCUCUAAGUUGAUUGAGGCGAAAGUUGGAGUAUGGCUCAGUUUCCUGCAAUUUAGCGGAAUAGGCGGCGAUGUGGGGUACAACAGGGAUAGGAAGGAUGAGGAGGUGUAUAAAUGCAAAAGACUCGAGACGGAACACUUCCAACCGAAUAAAAAAUACAUUUUCGACAGCCUGGGAGACAGCGAGGUUAAAGCAUAUAUUGAGGAAGGUCUUUGGAAAAAGCCAGUGUAUAUGAUAACCGGGGUCAAGAUUGCAAGAGGAUUCAGCGUAACGACAGAGAAGAAGAAGAGCAACGGAGGAGAGGGCAAGGCUGGGGUGGACACUACAAGUAUCGGGAUACCGGUCCAAGUAGGACCGGAAGUAAAGGUUGUAUACACAAAGAAGGAAAAGAUGACAUUUAAAAAGAGUACGGAUUGCGUAUUUGCGUAUCGACUCAUCAAAAUACAGAGCAAGAAAGGAGACAAGUUCAGCGAGGAUGAUUACAAUAAAGGAACUCUACUGCACGGAGGAGAGCAGAACGACAAGGAGGAGAAUGUAGAGCAGUUUGACGAGAAUUGGGAUGUUGGAGAGCUAUUGGAGGCUCUUAAUGAUGUGAAAGGGGGACUGGAGGAGAGAGUGGUAUCUGAGGAUGACUGA